CGACCGUUUUUAUUUCUGCGCGCGUGCAUCUACAAUAUUUGCGUUAAUAGGAUAUUGUAUACGAAGCCCACAGUCUCUCUCGCGGCCUAUAACCUAAACAGUCGAGCGUCUGUGUCGAGAGCAGAGAGAGAGAGGAGAGCAACAAACAGACUCGUGUGUAUACAUCGCAACAGUCGUUUCGUAAAUCGAGAAUUGUUGUUGAUAUGUAAAAUAAUCGUUCUAUGCGCGCAUUUCGGGGCUCGUCGACUGACUUUUCGGCACUUUCGUUUCGAUUCGCCGUCGAUCUUGGUGAUUCAACUCUGAUUUGACGCAUGACGUCUGCCCGUUUGUUUCCGAGAAUUGGCUGUCAACAAAAAUACAAUGUGCGACAACGAAGUCAUUGUCCUUUACGAAGGAUAUUCCACGAAAAUCGACGACGGCACGAUGUCGGCCAAUUGUAGCUGUACUCUCAUUAAAACGCCGGAAAAAAAUAUCAUUGUUGACACUAUGACAGCUUGGGAUAAGGAUAAAAUAUUAGCGGCUUUGGCUCUGCACAACAUUACACCUAAAGAUAUACAUUAUGUUAUAUGUUCUCACAGUCAUGCUGAUCAUAUAGGAAAUAAUAAUUUAUUUACUGAAGCAAUACAGCAUAUAGUUGGCACAACGGUGCAUCAAAAGAACAUUUUUUAUGAAAAAAACUUGAAAUACAGUGACUAUGAAAUAUGUAAAGGUGUAUUAGUAAGGUAUACGCCUGGUCACACUGCAGAAGAUAUUUCUGUUAUAGUGGAUGGAAAGUUCAAUGGAGAAAAUGUUAAAGUUGGAAUAACAGGAGAUUUAUUUGAGAAAAGAGAAGAUGUGGCUGAUCCAACAAUAUGGAUUACUCUUGGUAACUCCGAACUCAAUGUACAACAAGCCGAUUCAAGGUGGCAAAUUGCAAAUGCUGUUGAUGUUAUCAUUCCAGGACAUGGGCCAUAUUUUAAAGUAACAGCAGAUAUAAAAAGUAAACUUUUUAAUCAAUUUGAUCAGUUAAUAGUUUAUCAAUCAAUGAAACGACGUGAUGAAUAAUUAUUAUAUUUUUCUAUCUUGUAA